AUGAUAAGGAUAGGAACUGCAAAUACGAUUGAGGCAGCAUAUAAAUUAAAAAUUUAAUAGAUAACUUUUCAACAUAAUCCAUUAAUCUCAAAUUACAAUGUUUAGAGAAUAAAUAGAAUUCGGUUAGAUUUCCCUUAGAGUUGACUAUUAGUUAUAGGAAACAAGUUAACUAUACUCAUUUUUUGGAAUAGGCAAGUUUGAAGAGAAUAUUUUGUCUUCUGCAUUUAAUUAUGAUAUUCUAAUGGUGGGAAAGUAAUGGUUACUCAAAAUUGGGGGGAUGUAUUGGCAGUACGAUGGAAUUUGA